GUGAAGUUGAACGGAAACCGUGAGGUUAUCGGCACCCUCCGUGGGUUCGACGCCUUUAUGAAUAUUGUUAUCAACGAUGCCUACGAGGUGACCAAAGAUGGUCAGCAAGCUCGAAUUGAUAUGGCAGUUAUUCGUGGAAACAGUGUUAACAUUGUUGAGGCCAUGGAUCGUAUUUAA